UGGCGCGCGAGCCUCUGGAUGUGUGUUGGAUCGGGAGGUAACAGCGGUGGCAACACGGGGCUCUAGCCGAAGAAACAGUGACGGUUGGGAGGAUAAAGAAGACGCGUCGGUUUGGUUUGACAAACACGACAAUGGACGACAACAACCUGGCAGCUCGACCGCCGAGGAGGUCGUCGUCUGCUGCUGCUGCUGCUGCUGCUGCUGCUGCCGCUGCCGCCGCGGAAGUUGGAGACGACGAUGUGACCGAGGUGACCGAGGUGGUGCACCCAGCCAGCAGAGACGCUCCUGGUCCGGACAGACUGAGCUCCGUCGUCGGGAGGAUGGAGAGGAGGACCUCGGCUCCACAAGUGGCGGUCUACCAGAGAUACAUGCCCAUGGAGCCUCUGAAGUUCCCUAUACCGAGGAAGACCAAGGAGAAAAGAGCUCUGUUCCAGUAUGUCUCCACUGAGUCCAGGGAGUAUGACGACAUGAUGACCAUCCUGACCUCCAGCUGCAUCGACACCGGCUCCGCUGGCUGCUUCACCUACUGCAAACCUCGGCUCGUCCACAGCGAGCUGCUGGAGAAAGAGUUUGUGGAGAAGAGGAAGGAGAUGAAGGCAGAUGGGAGGACAGACAAAGAGCUGGAGGAGAGCUACUGUUUCCUGUUGACUGAUACUGUUAAGCUGCCCUUGCUCUGUGAGAAGGGGCUGCUUGUGGGUCAGAGCCGGGUCACAGUGCUGGGAAACCCCAUUAAAGGAGUGUACCUGUCCAGGUACUCGGACCUGAUUCAGAUCAACGCCAUAACUCCUGGAGUCACGGGGGAGAUCGUCAUCUUCAAAGUGAUGAAGGGGAAAGUGAAGAGCAUCUAUGAAAACAUGAAGAACCUUCUGGAUCCAACGCCCCGCUUCGACAGCCACACCUCCAAGAACGCCAGCAAGGUCACAUCUCUCGCCUCCUACCGCGCCUUUGAGCUCACACAGCAAUACUUCUACGAGUAUUCAUUCGACGAGCUGCGGCAGCGGCCUCGUCAGGUCUGUCCGUACGCCGUCAUCUCAUUCCAGUUCAAAGGAAAAGACUCUUCACUUCCCAGCAAACCUCUGGCCCCCAUCAGGUUGAACAGUCAGUCAGCAGAGGGGAGUCACGAGCGUGCUCAGUUCACAGUGUGGACCGGAGAUUUGGUGAAAGGCGACCGGGUUCUCUUCCAGAUCUUGCUUCGCUCCUUCUCUCCUCCCCUCCUGCCCCACAGACUACCUGAGAAGUUGGAAAUCGGUUCGUUGAUGAGGCUGAACCAGGUGACCAAGCUCCUGCCCUCCGACCUGCUCAGCUACAACCUCUACAGCAGCAGCCACGAAGUCGUGAAGAGCGGCCAUUGUUGCAGCCUCCUGGAGGUGACUGACAGAAGUCGGUCUGCGACCAGCGUGACGAGACUGCUGCAGGAACUGGAGAUGAAGAGAGUGGUUCUGAUGACUCCACUCUCAGACCGAGGCUUUCUCCUCCUGUUAUCCAGUGUUCAGAUGGCCACACCCUCUGAGAGAGGAGAGAGCUGGAAGAGGUGUCUUCAGGCUUUGUUCGUCUUCCCAGAGUCCAGAGAUCUGGCCAAAUCCACAUUAAGGUGUGCCUCCUCGACCCAUAACGCCUCCGAGUCGGUGGUGUCUAGUGUUAAAGUGAUGCCGCGGCUGAGCCAGUUUAUUCCAGCGCUGCAUCACGCUCUGGUCAAGGCCCGCGCCAACCCUCACCCUGAGCUGUCUGCUGGUGUGGAGCGCCAGGCACGGGAAUACCUCAUCGGCAUGAACGAUGGCAAGGUACGACAGUACCCCAUGGGCGAGUACGACUCCGAACUAGAUGAGCAAGGAAAGCUGUUCCCUACUCCCAAACACCACCGGGUGAACAUGGACGGCUAUCUGCGCUCCUACCUGUACAGCCCGGCCCUCUACCUGCUGUCGGUGGCCCGGGCCAGGCAGAUGGUGGAGGCGCACUGCAGCCCAGAGGAGCCGCCGGAGGUGAAGCUCAAGAAGAGCCAGAGGGAGGCGGCGGGGAAGGAGGAGGCGGCGGGGAAGGAGGAGGCGGCGGGGAAGGAGGAGGCGGCCAGCAACACUAGAGACGAACAGACCAAACAUGAAAGGAUACAGCAGCUGGUAAACCUGAUAUUGACCUGUAAGAGGAAUGCAGAGAACGAGGUGAAGAGAGAGGAAGGAGGAGGGGUGAAGGUACCAGGGAGGAAGAGGAAACUGGAGCAGGUGACGGCAGAGAGGACGCUGAAGUUCCUGAAGGCAUCGCAGGAACCAGGAAGACACGGCAGGAUUCCCGUUGAAGGAAGCCAGGUCCCUUCCUCUCCCGGCUUUCUUGCGUCUGUGAUUGGCUCGGUGGGUUUGAAGGACGUUGAUCUGAGGGAAGAUGGAUCUGAACUAGCCGCUAAACUUCUCAGUCUGCUAACAGACCUCAACCAGGCCGCGAGAGGAACGACCAAUCGGAGCGUUGGUGAAGUGCGAGAGGAGGGUCAGAGGGAAUCCUCUCCGUUUGAUAGGUUGGCCACCAAGCUGGGUCUGCCCACCAACUGUGACAUUGACCUGAGGAAGCAGGACGAGCUGGAGGAGCAGACAGCAGGCAGCAUCAGUAGUUUGGAGGGAUUCAGUCCCAGCUCCCACAGCGGGGAGAUGAAUCACCACAGAGGAGGAGGAGGAGAAGGAGGGCUCGAGAGGAGAGCAGGAGGAUACGAAAAGGAAGAGGGGGAGAUCCCGUGGGUCCUCAUCCCCAUUACAGGUGUGUGUUCACAGAGGUACACCCAGAGGGACAGAAACCUCCCUCAGGACCCUCGCUUCCAGCACCUCGCCACGCUAACGAGCGUCACCGCAACAACCAAACCUCCGAGGAAGAGCCCCGCCCCGUCUCCUGAACGAAACCCUCCACCCUCCCUCCUCAAGUUAUCGUCCCCCGACCCCAGCCCUCCCCACUCCCCCUCCCAAUGCCCAUCGCCUGACCCCAGCCCUCCCCCGUCACCCUCCCAAUGCCCGUCUCCAGAGCCCAGUCCGCCCCCUUCCCCGUCUCAAUGCCCGUCCCCGGAGCCCAGCCCUCCCCCCUCUCCCUCCCAAUGCCCAUCUCCACGGCCCAGCCCCCACCCUUUUCCUUCCCAAUGCCCGGACACUCCACUCGGCCGCCCCCCUCUUCCCCCGUGGUGCCAGUCCUCGGAGCCUAAUGAGCUCAGCCCGUUUAACAAGGACCACAGUGGUGCUAACGAGGAGCAGGUAGCCCCCACAGCCUCCAGGGAGUCUGCCGGACUGCCUAAAGACAUAGAAGAGAAACCUCCGGGGAAAGAAAAGAAGAGCGAAGAGCCAUUUGUUCCUGUAUCCAUCCAGCCGUCUAUCCCUCCAGCUCCAAAGAGGAGGACGAGCCCCUCACCACCACCAUCCACUGAGAGAGAGAAGGAAGAUGCAGAGAGGGAAACGGGGGAGUUGAGGGAGGUACAGGCAGACAUUUUAGUGCAGGAACAAGAAACUCAGCCAAUUCAGAGUGGGCAAGACCGAGAGGAAGUGGAAAUGAUACAUGUGGUAGCUAGUGAUAAGGAGCAAAAAGCAGAAGAGAAGGAACUGGUAGGUGGUUCUUUGUUCUCUCCCUCCGUCUUCUCACCUCCCUCUCGCCUCGACAGCGUUGUGGACAAACACCUGAGCAACUUCUCCUCUGAGAUACAGCUCCUCCUGCAGGAGCAGAGCAUCCAUUACAGCUUCCCACAGUCCCCACACUCCACCUCAAACACAGAAACCUACACACCUCAACACACAAUCCCACGCACUCCCAUUUCUCAGUUUUCACAGUACGUUACCUUCUACAACCCCUGUCCCCCAGUCCAGGACUAUGUUUGCUCACUACAGGACCACAUCGACAGCAUGCUAACAGAGUUUGAUAACCGCUGUCCGAACCCCAAGCCCAGCACCAGCCGCACCGAUGUCGAUUCCGCGCUGGCAAGCAGCGUUAGUGAUUUUGUGUCCAGUAUCAGAGCGGGUAAUGCUACAACGGGCAGAGAGGAUGGCGGUCUCUGUGGUGAACUGACAGCUGCUGAAAGUCCUGCACACUCCAGAGGAGGUGAAGUGUGGCCGCCGCAUGCAAUCACCAAACGGGUUCCUGAUGCUGCUAACAACAGGAACCCCCCGACCUCUCAUGUCACUUUAUCUGUCGCUACCUGUAAGUCCGGUUCUGUCUACAAACCUCCCAACACUUCCGUCCUCAUACCUCCUCCGAACAAGUCCUCACAGUCCUCAAUGAAACCACAGCAAAGUCACUCUUUAGAGAUCACCAGAACAGUCGCUCACAACAGACCAACACAAGACAGCAGCUCUACCAGGACUGUGCAUUGUACCCCUGGUGUGGAAGGUGGGAGUGGCCUUGAGGUUACAAACUGUGAGGUGACAUUUCCAGGAUUCAGCGGCGUCUCGACCGAACCCCCCCACCCCCCCGAGCGCGUCUCCAGUCCGGCCUCUGAGUCCGUCCCUGUGCCCGACGAAUGCCUCACUCCUCCGGCUGCCGCCCUGAGCUCCCUGAUCAGCCGGCUGCAGCCAGAGGUGUUCAACAACCUGGUGGAGAUUUUCAAAGACAUCAAGAGGAACUCCAUGCAGUUCUACCUCCACAGCAGCGAGGCAGGGGACCAGGUCCAUGAAGACGUCAAGGAAUACCUGUUGAAGCAGGGUAACACGGAGCAGACUCCUGCGGACUUCCUGAACCAAGAAAACUCUGCAGGCAGACUGCUGGUCAUCAUUAAGAACAAAGACAUGACUCGACACAUACACAAGAUCCCAGGUCUGGUGUCUCUGAAGCGACAGGCCUCUGUGGUGUUUGUGGGAAUCAAUUCGCUGGACGACAUCAGAAACAACAGCUGCGACGAGCUUUUUGUCUCUGGAGGCUGCAUCGUUUCGGACGAGUUCGUCCUCAAUCCAGACUUCAUCACUCGCGAUCAACUGGCUUCACUGCUGCUGGUCCUGGAGCAGCACAGCUCUCUAGCAAGCGUCUGGAGGUGGAAGGUUCACUGGCAAACCCACAAGAAAUUAAAAGAGCAAGCCAGGUUCAGGAACGAUGCAGCCAAUCUACUGGACCUACUGUCGACCUAUCAGAAGCGGCAGAUUGUCGAGUUCCUCCCAUAUCAUCACUGCGACACGAGGAACCAUCAGUCACCUCACCUGGACUGUCUGAUGGAGCUCCAGGCCCAGUACACACAGUACCGACACACAGUCUUCCUGACCGAGCAUCAUUUUGAGAUGUUCCCCGCCUACACCAAAAGUGGCAUCAUCGUGGCCAGUAUUGACGAAAUUCUGCACAACUUCACCAGACUAGUCGGUUACCAUGACAUCAAGGACAGGCAGCCAAUCAUAGAUGACAUGCUGGCUCCCAAAGGUCUCGGGAGGCAGCUGACUCGUAGCGACUCUGUGUCAGGCUCUGAACGCUCUCCCUCUAUCUUCCCUGAACACAUUCGUCCCCUUUUCUCCCAUGACCCACCCCAGCAUCUUCUCCGGCAGUCCGCCUCCGCCCACCCCACUCUCCCCCAUCGGUCUGACCAGCUCGUCCCGGACGCCUCCUAUAAAGAAGUUUUGCCGCGCCAUUCAGACACAGACUUUGAGGUUCUCCGACUCGCCAUCUCACAGUUGCGGGCAGAGCGUCAGGCGCAGCUGCAGCAGCAGUUGGACUCUGAGGCAGAGUUGUACAUCAACUCCCUUUCAAACCUCCUUCCCAAUGUCAGUCGUACUGGUAGCGGUCACACCAUGCCUCUUUUAGCCCAAGGAGGUCCCACCGAGUCGGUAAAAGUCACUCAUGACAGGAAAGCAGUGGCAGUCACUCUGGAUAUGAUUCACUCAGCAUUGCAGCAGGAGCAGGUGGAGGAGGGGAGGGAGUACGGAGCAGUGACUCGCACCAUGGGGCGAAGGUUUGGAGGAAGUCAAGAAGGUGGAGGAGAGGCUGGACAUCACAGAGAUGGUACUCCAGUGGGAGGGAAUAGGGAUCCAGGUAAUGUUGAGACGUCUACUUCUUCAUCCAAUCAAGGCACAGCUGCAGUGACAGGACCAAGCACCCAGACAGGCUCAACCAGUGAUGGGGGAGAGAAAACAAGUCAACAAAGAGAACUAUUUCCCACAGCAGCUAAACAUGCUGCAGCCUCCUACAGUACCACAGCUUGUCCUGUAGAGGGCCACAGAUUGAGAGACACACAUUCGGGCCAAGAACGGCCAAUAAGAGGAGAGGGAGCACCACCUGGCAACAGCACUGCCAGUGGCACCAAGAUCCAGCAGCCCCGACAACUUCUGCAGCAAAUGAACAACCAGCAGGUCCAGCCGAGUCCAUCACACCUACAACAACUGCCUCACAGCCAGCAGCAGCAGCAGCGGGGCGCCGGCCUCCUGCAACCCCCCCACCUGCCCCGAUUCCCCAACCAGCCUUUCUCGCGCGGCCCCAUGCUGGCGCCCCUGACUGCCCUCGGAGGUAGCCUCCUGGGGCCUGUGCCUGUCUGGCCAAGGGGCCUGGGCCCCACAAGUGCAGCAGCCCUGGUCUGGGGCUUGCAACAGGCCGGCAGGGACUUCACUGGUCCUAGACUGCUGGGCGGUUACCACAACCCUGCCGGUCAGGGCAGCAGCAGGUAUAGAGGGGGGAAAAGUGGAGGAGGCUUUAAUGGGAUGUAGAGAGACGGUUUAACUGCACCAGCUGGUUAAACCAAGGAACUUUCCCGAAAACUACCACCCUGUGUGGAGGUCGAAACACGCACAUCCUGAAUACUAACCGGUGCUAGACUGAAGGAAGGAGGAGUGACCCCACACUGUAUGAAGCUCCCAAGGUUCAUUAUAAACUUAAAAUCAGGGUGAAGUCUAACCCUGACCCAAAACACUUGUAGCACAAAUCAGUUUCCUCGAAUCUUGAUGUUUCAGUCGCUCGGGUUCAUCAAAUUGGUUACAGAAAGAAUGUUGGCAAUACGAACUCAUCUUUUGUUGAGUGCAGAAAUGGGGGAUGGACAAAUGAGGAUAUGCAACUAUGGUCCCAAGGCGGGAUUCGAACCCGGAACAAGGCACUGGAACCACUUCGCUUAAAGUUAGGUUGGAAAGGAAUUGUUUUGUUUUUUUAACAGAAGUUUUAAAGAAUUGAUGUCGGGUAUGUGUAAAGUAACAAAAACAUGAUUUAUUUUGACGGGUGUCUUCCAUUGAAUUCAAUACAACUCGUGUAAAUCCAAAGAUCUCCUUCUGGUCGCAGUGCUGCUGCAGACCUGCCUCCACCUAUUUAAAGUCUUUUGUCACUGGUUUAUAUUGGGAUUUCUUUUUUCAAAUUCAAACUACUGUUCUCCUGCAGGGUGGCUUCUAAAAUACUCCCUUUGAUGUGUUGAUUAGUUGUUGAUCGACUUUUCUCUUCAUUCAUGAAAAAUGCAGUAGACAAGCGAGCUGCGCUGAAACAACCAUCAAAAGUAAUGCGAGGGAGCUAGUCCUGCAACUAACGAUUAUUUGCAUUAUCGAUCAAUCCGUUUGGUUGACCGACUACCGACGGUUCUGUCGAGGAUUUUGAGCGUGCAAUGCUAAUAGUGGCAAGUGUAGCAUUCACCCUCUACAUUAUAAUUUCCCACAUCCUAAAGAGAUGUAUCAUCACCAUCAUUCAAAAAUCUGUUAUCAGUUUACUAUCGUAUAAUUUAAAAAAAAAAGACAAUCAUCACAUUUGAGGAACUGAAAACAGUGAAAAACAUUUUUCUUUCUUGGAAGAAUUAUUUCAAUUAAUUUUCUGGAAUCGUUUAGUAUUCGAUACCGUAGAGAGCUUAUCAGCAAAGACAUACAGAACAUUGAUCAGGCCGUUCAUAUUAUUUUGAAUUAGAUUUGUUCUACUUGUAUCAACUUUAAUGGAGGAGCACAUUCUUAGUUCUAGAACAUUGUUUAUUACUUUGCAACCAUCAGACACUUUUUCCCCCCACCCUUUUAAAGUCACUAAGAAGAUUAUCUGCCACCCUGUGAAUUUGUAUUUUCUUGAACCAAUUUUCUGAACUUUUUAUGCAGUGUGGACUAAAAUAAGUUGUUGUUCCUGCUUACACAGCAGAAACCAGCUGCUGUAGAGUAGAACAGAAACCUGCUCUGUUUACUACCUUCUGUAACCACAACCUGUCGACCACUUCCUGUUGACAUGUUGUUGCCGAAGAAGUCCGGAACUAGUGGAAAAUGCUCCUGCCCCUUUUUUUUUUUUUUUUUUUUUAACAUGUGUACAGGAUAUGAAAAGAACAGUUGAGCAGAUGCCAUGUUUUCAGAGGUUUUAUUUAAUCUCACUCGGACCUGACCCGGCAUCUUUUUAAACUCUGCCUCUGAGAGAUUCUCUUCUUACUGAAUGGUAGGUAAACUGAGUAAACGUCCCUGUUGUUUUAUCCGUGCCAUCAACUUGACGGUUUGAACGGUUUUCUGUCAACGACUUUGUAGUCCAGCAACCCGACGAAUUCAUUUCUCAAAAGGAAACUUUGAGCUGCUUAUUUGUUCUCGUUGCAUCAUGGCCAUGACCAACGUGACCCUGAUUCUUAAAGUGGACUCUUGAGACUAUUAAAGAACUUUAAAAUAACAACCUGUAAAGGAAUACGAUGGACAGACACUUCAUCCAGUGGGCUCUUAAUGUCUUGUAAAAAGAAAAUAAGCGUUUUUUGUACUGAAUGUUUUGGUUUGUUACUCUGGGAGCUGCUUGUGUUUAGUUGCUGUUUGUACAGUAGGACGUGACUCUGUAACAGACUCGUUUUAACUUUAAAAAAAAAUAAAAUGUUUUUUUACACCUUUUUUUUUUUGUAUUAAAAGUUGCCUGCGUAAACCAGCGGAUUUGCUUGGAGAUGUUCUUGACCUCAGAUCGAGCUGCUGGGUUGUGCACAGUGGAGGUUCUGAGUCAAGGGCCCACUCCGUUCCAGUAAACAAGACCUGAAAGGUUUUAUUAUUUUUACUCUGUCCACAAUAUGUUGUACGCACAAGAUGAAUCUUAUAAGUUAAUGGAAUGUCAAGACCAGUUUGUACAAACUGCAUCCGACCUCGUCUGAAGGCAAAUACAGCGCUUAUGAAACGUCUUCAAUUAAAGUAGAUUUAAAGACUUUGGACCCUAUUUUUCCCAAUGUUUUUAUGUCUUAAGUGACUGAGGACAACGAUUUCACCAUCGGAGAAGUCUCGUUCUGACAUCUCGCUUCACAUCCACAUUGUUCAAAUCUGCCAAAUAUGUACCCAUGACAUCUAAAAUGUUUUAGAUAACACUAAACUACGCUUUCAGUUCUCCAACACAACAAACUCUGACAACACUUCAUCUCCAGCUGUCACUCACGUUCACAACGUUGUCUUCCGGCAACAAGGCACACAAUAACAAACGGAGAGUGAAAGAUAAAGAAUGUGUUAAAGAGUUAAUAUUAUUAAAGGUUGUUCUCUGGAGCUCUUAGAGGCAUUCGAGCAGAACACAUUUGCUCCACAGGACGUUUCCCAGUAGACUUAGAUUCUUCUGUCUCAAACACCCUCUGGUAGUAGAACUACAGAUGUGUCUGCAAACACCUGAAGCCAGAAGUAAAGAAGAUUUUCUACAUCAACAGUGUCCACCUCUAAGAAACCUCUGAAAAGAAGCUGGCAGUAGAAACUCAGGUCAGUCAAUAUGUUUCAACACUUAAAGUAAAACAGAACAUUAAAAGAUGGCUGCUGAAGCUAAUGACAUCUUUUGAUGAAGAUUUUGGAAAAUGUUCCAUAAAAUGACUGAUGUGUUCAAGUGACUUGUUUUGUCUGAUCAACAGUCCAAAACCAAAACUUUAUAACUACACAGGACUAAAAAAUACCAACAAAUAUUUACAUUUGAGAUGUCGGAACCAUUGACUUUUGAACCAGAAAUUACUUCUAUUGAAUAAUCAAUUGUUGCAGCUCGAGUGGUCAAAGCCUUUAUUUACUCCAGUAAACUCCUUUACUAGAGAAAAGCCUCUUUUGCCAAUGUCUAGCUAAUUUUAAAUAUAACUUAUGUUUUAAAACCUGUUUAGUUCUGUUCCUCUUUGCUGCUGUUUCACCACGAACAAGUGGCCACAACUAAAGUUACACUCACCAUUAUCACGUUUGACAAAAGAUGUUUAGUUGUACAAAUCUAAGGGUUAAUAGAGCGCUGCAGGAAUGAGGCCUGAAACCUGGAUAUGAGUCACCAUUUUUUAAAGUCAAUUUGUUUUUUUAAAUGUGUUUUUGGUUAGAUGACUAAAAUAAGGUC